GAGCAUCCGGCGCCGCCGCGCGUUUCAUGCGCCAGUCUCCCCAUCGGUGACCUGCGAACCAGCUCGUCUAGGAGUUGCUGGUCAGCCCGCCGGGUGGUUCUCCCCACCCCGGCCGCGCAAUGGAUCAUCAGGGGAAGGCCAGCGCCCAGUUAGUCGGGUCGAACAAGUCGUCACAGUCGGGCUCGUUCGAUUUCGAGCAAGACAAUGGCCGCGACACCGACCGCCGGGAGGUUGUCGUCACGAUCGAUGCCGACGACGCCUCGGCCUCACAUGCGGCAGGGUCCGGGUCGGGGUCGAGCGUACCGAGCUCGCCCAGCACCCGGAACCGCAUGGGCGAGACGUUCAGCUUCAAGAACCGCCCAUCGCAGUCGCCGCCGUCCCCGCCCGUCGGAGCGGAAUGCGGCGAUGACCCCGCGGGACGCCUCAUCGGCAACUUCCUACGGAAGCAGGCGGCGGCCGGCGGCGAGUUGUUGCUCGAUCCCGACCUGGAGGUAGACGAUAAUCACGAGACAGGGAGGCCGCCGCGCGCACCCACGUCCAUCGCAAAUUCUCGGGAGCUCCGCGUCUCGUUCCAAGAUACGCACAAGCGUCUAGGCCCGUCAUCGUCGUCGGCCUCCUCCUCGGACGCCACCGCAGAAAAUAAUCAAAGCCAGGCUGCCAACACAGGGGCCGACAUCGCCGAGGUGCUACGCUGCACGUCGACAUCAACCGGGAACAGCCUGUUGUCGCGCAGCAGGACGCGUUCCCGGCUGAUGGAUCCCCCUCCGCCGUCCAACGGCACCGCCGGUGCCGACGGGGAGCGCAACGACCGCAAGUCAUUCGUCAUGAAGGGGCUUCCCAAGUCGGGGCAGUUCAGGUCGGGCCUCAUCGGAAAGUCGGGUUAUAUCGGCAAGUCAGGCGGUGCGUUCGAUGACGAGGACGACGACCCAUUCAUCGACGAGGGCGUGACAGCCGACUUCAAGCGCGAGAGGACGGGCUGCCUCAUCAUCCUGGAAUGGAUCGGCCUCCUGAUCAUCGUGGCCACGUUGGUGUGCAAUUUCACGGUGCCAAGGCUGGAAGGGAAGGAGUUCUCGGGGCUCCCACUUUGGAAGUGGGAGGUCCUCGUGUUCGUGCUCAUCUGCGGCCGCCUCGUCUCCGGCUGGGUCCUCCGCAUGACCGUCUUCUUCGUGGAGCGCAACUUCAUGCUCCGCAAGAAGGUGCUCUACUUCGUGUACGGCGUGCGCCACGCCGUGCGCAACGUGCUCUGGCUCGGCGUCGCGCUCGUCUCCUGGCACCUGCUCUUCGACAACGACAACAGGCAGGAGACGCAGACACUGGUGCUGCACUACGUGACCAAGGUGUUGUUGUGCCUCCUCGUGGCCACCGUGAUUCGACUGGUGAAGACGCUGCUGGUCAAGGUGCUAGCCUCCUCCUUCCACGUCUCCACCUACUUCGACAGGAUCCAAGACGCGCUCUUCAACCAGUAUGUCAUCGAGACACUCUCCGGCCCGCCGCUGGUCGACGAGAGCCGGAUGCUAGCCGACGUGCAGCGGCUGCAGAGCGCGGGGGCGGCCAUGCCGAACGUGCUCCAAGCGGCAACCAUCCCGAGGGAGUCCACUGUUUCCGUGCCCAAGAGCGGGCGCCUGAGCAAGCAGCUCCAGAAGCAGAAUAACUUGGACGACGGGAUCUCGAUCGACCAGCUCCACAAGCUGAACCAGAAGAACAUCUCUGCGUGGAGCAUGAAGAGGUUAAUGAGGAUCGUUCGGUACGGAGCGCUAACGACCAUGGACGACCAGAUCAAGCAUGACACCGGCCUGGGGGACGAGAUGGCGACGGAGAUCCACAGCGAGCACGAGGCCAAGGUUGCUGCCAAGAAGAUUUUCCACAAUGUCGCCAAACCUGGAUCCAAGCACAUAUACCUGUCGGAUUUGAUGAGGUUCAUGAGGCAGGAGGAGGCUGUGAAAGCCAUGGAUCUCUUCGAAGGAGCCAAGGAGAACAACAGGGUCAGCAAGAGGUCGCUCAAGAACUGGGUGGUGAACGCGUUCAGGGAGCGUAAGGCCCUGGCCCUGACGCUGAACGACACCAAGACUGCGGUGAACAAGCUCCACCAGAUGGCCAACGUGGUGGUGGCGCUCAUCGUGCUUGCGCUCUGGCUCCUCAUCCUAGGGAUUGCCACGACGCGCAUCUUCGUCCUCCUCAGCUCCCAACUCUUCCUCGCGGUUUUCAUGUUCGGCAACACCCUCAAGACCAUCUUCGAGGCCAUCAUCUUCUUGUUUGUCAUGCACCCUUUCGACGUCGGGGAUCGAUGCGAGGUUGACGGCAUGCAGGUGGUCGUCGAGGAGAUGAACAUCCUGACGACAAUCUUCCUCCGGUACGACAACCUCAAGAUCUACUAUCCCAACAGCCAACUCGCCAUCUUGCCCAUUAUGAACUACUACCGGAGUCCUGACAUGGGAGACGCGGUUGACUUCUCUGUCAACGUUGCUACGCCAGCGGAGAAGCUGGCGCUCAUGAAGGAAAGGCUAAUGCAUUACCUCGACAACAAGAAAGAACAUUGGUACCCUGGUUCCAUGGUCGUGCUCCGUGACAUUGAUGAUACAAACCGACUCAAGAUAUCCAUAUGGUGCCGCCACACCAUCAACUUCCAGGACAUGGGGAUGAGAUUCGAGAGGAGGGAGCUGAUUCUCCAGGAGAUGAUGAAGAUUCUGAGAGAUCUCGACAUCGAGUACCGGAUGUUGCAACUUGACAUCAAUGUUCGGAAUGCGCCCCCUAUACAUUCUAAUAGGAUGCCAACAACAUGGAACACAAGUUUUUGAAAUUUGUUACCAUGUCUCACCAGUUUGAUUGGUGAGGUUGUAUACUCAAGAUUUUAGAUUGAUAGGUCGUAGCUUUGUAGAAGAUGUAAAAUACAAGGUAUUUCGAUCGAUAACUUGCUCACGAAAAUACGAUGUG